UAUCGAAAUUAGGGUUCAUGAUUAACAGAAGAGAGCUCUGAUUCUGAAUCUAUGGAGGCUGCGAAAGAGAGAGUCGGCUUGCUUGACAAGAUCCUUCCUCCGGCGUUGGCAGACGCCGGCCUAGAAGAUUGUGCUCUGCCGCCUGAUUCUAUACAUGAAGCGUUUCGCAAAGCCGCAGACGCCGUGAAAUCUCGCGCGGCGUCGCUUUUCGAGUGCGACGAGGAAGAAGGCGGUUGCGUAGCGGAUCCGCGUCCGGGAACGGAGACGAAGCCCGUUCUAGGAGGUUCUGAUACGAUCGUCGUAGGCGGGGAAAAUGGAGGGGAUGCUGGGCCGUGUCUAGUCGAAAAGGGCAAUGAGAAGUUGGAAGAUGCGGUGGUGGUGGCGGGGGAAGGAGGAGAAGGGAAGAGCUGCGGUGAUGGUUUGAGAGAUCUAGACGUUGAAGGUAUUGAGAGCAGCGGGGAGGAGAGGGAUCAGAGUGAAGAAGACGAGGAAGAGGAGAGGAAGCCGAUUUUGGUUGAAGGAUUUGUCUGAAGAGUGUUCCACGAGUUGUGUAUAUAAAUAAAGUAUUAGACUUUUUAGCAGCUUUGCCUCUAAAAGUCUGAGCUUUGUCUUUCAUUUGCAGUGGUGUCAAAGCUUUUGUAUCGCAUGUUAAAACAUGAAACUUGGAUGAAAUACGAUCUCUUUUGACUUA